GAAGCCUGGAGGGCAAUAAGGGGGGUGAAACCCCUAGGCCCCGCGGAGAUGUCUGGCUGCGGCGCUUGUACUUGCAGCGCGGUCGCUGCGCGGCUCAUCACUUCCUCGCUUGCCUCCGCUCAGAGAGGUAUUUCCAGUGGUCGCAUUCAUAUACCAGUUUUAGGAAGGUUUGGAACUUUUGAAACUCAGAUUCUGCGAAGAGCUCCUUUUAGAACCUUUACAGAAACACCAGCAUACUUUGCCUCAAAAGAUGGGAUGAGUAAAGAUGGCUCUGGAGAUGGAAAUAAGAAAUCAGUAAAUGAUGGAAGCAGUAAGAAAUCAGGCUCUGGGAAUUCUGGAAAAGGUGGAAACCAGCUGCGCUGUCCUAAAUGUGGUGACUUGUGCACACAUGUAGAGACCUUUGUGUCAUCCACCCGUUUUGUGAAGUGUGAAAAAUGUCAUCAUUUUUUUGUCGUGCUAUCUGAAGCAGACUCAAAGAAAAGCAUCGUUAAAGAACCCGAAUCAGCAGCAGAAGCUGUAAAAUUGGCAUUCCAACAGAAACCACCUCCACCUCCCAAGAAGAUUUACAACUACCUCGACAAGUAUGUUGUUGGUCAGUCUUUUGCUAAGAAGGUGCUUUCAGUUGCUGUGUACAAUCACUAUAAGAGAAUAUAUAAUAAUAUCCCAGCUAAUCUGAGACAACAAGCAGAGGUUGAGAAGCAGACAUCGUUAACACCUAGAGAGUUAGAAAUCAGAAGACGGGAGGAUGAGUACAGAUUUACAAAAUUGCUUCAGAUUGCUGGAAUUAGUCCACAUGGUAAUGCAUUAGGGGCAUCAAUGCAGCAACAGGUAAAUCAACAAGUACCUCAGGAAAAACGAGGAGGUGAAGUGUUGGAUUCUUCUCAUGAUGACAUAAAACUUGAAAAAAGUAAUAUUUUGCUGCUUGGACCAACUGGGUCAGGUAAAACUCUGCUGGCGCAAACACUAGCUAAAUGUCUGGAUGUCCCUUUUGCUAUCUGUGACUGUACGACUUUGACUCAGGCUGGCUAUGUAGGUGAAGAUAUUGAAUCUGUGAUUGCCAAACUGCUCCAAGAUGCCAAUUAUAAUGUAGAAAAGGCACAACAAGGAAUUGUCUUUCUGGAUGAAGUAGAUAAGAUUGGCAGUGUGCCAGGCAUUCAUCAGUUACGGGAUGUAGGUGGAGAAGGCGUUCAGCAAGGAUUAUUAAAACUACUUGAAGGUACGAUAGUCAAUGUUCCAGAAAAGAAUUCUCGCAAGCUACGUGGAGAAACAGUACAAGUUGAUACAACAAAUGUCUUGUUUGUUGCAUCUGGUGCUUUCAAUGGUUUAGAUAGAAUUAUCAGCAGGAGGAAAAAUGAAAAGUAUCUUGGAUUUGGAACACCAUCUAAUUUAGGAAAAGGCAGAAGGGCUGCAGCUGCUGCAGAUCUUGCCAAUCGAAGUGGGGAAUCAAAUACUCACCAAGACAUUGAAGAAAAAGAUCGAUUGUUACGUCAUGUGGAAGCCAGAGAUCUCAUUGAAUUUGGCAUGAUUCCUGAGUUUGUGGGACGGUUACCUGUGGUAGUUCCUUUGCAUAGCUUAGAUGAGAAAACACUUGUACAAAUACUAACUGAGCCACGUAAUGCUGUCAUUCCUCAAUACCAGGCCUUAUUCAGCAUGGAUAAGUGUGAACUGAAUGUUACUGAGGAUGCUUUGAAAGCUAUAGCCAGAUUGGCACUAGAACGAAAAACUGGUGCACGAGGUCUUCGUUCCAUUAUGGAAAAGCUGUUACUAGAACCGAUGUUUGAAGUCCCUAAUUCUGACAUUGUAUGUGUGGAGGUUGACAAAGAAGUAGUAGAAGGAAAAAAGGACCCAGGAUAUAUCCGGGCUCCAACAAAAGAAUCUGAAGAGGAGUAUGAUUCUGGAGUUGAAGAGGAAGGAUGGCCUCGCCAAGCAGAUGCUGCAAACAGUUAAAUUAUCAGACUCCUGUCCUGUAUAUAACGUUUUUCCUUCUUUUGUUUAGGAUCACAAGUUAUACAGUCUGACAUUAAAGGAAUUGGAUCUAUCUUGGAUAUCAUACAUGGUCAGAAGCCUUUAGGAUAAGAAUCAGAUCAUGUACUAUAUUGUAACAUCACAUUGAUUUAUACACAGAGGACAUUAUGUGGACUUCAAUGAUAUAAUGUGCAGAGUUAAAAAUGUACAUUAUUUUGGUUCAGUUUUAAACAAAUACACUUUAACAAAAUUCUUAGGAGUUCUUUUAAGCAACACAGGUGUUGCAAUAACUGUGGAUUUUACAAUAAUGUUACUCUACAAAUGGGAAAAUAAAUUCUUUAAAAUUGAAGAUUGA